AUGUUCAUCCACAGACUGCCACUGCACGUUGUUUCUAGCAUCUUAGACCAGCUAGACACCAUUGCAGAGCUUGGCAUCGCUAUUCAAAGCCACCGCAUAUUAUACAACUCUUUCAAAUACAACGCUCAGACAAUAUGUCGCAACAUUCUAUCAAGCCAAAUACCACCCAACUUGUUUCCGUACGCGAACGCACUCCUCGAAUCAAAUGUAGUCGACCUAAGUAACCAUGAUUCCGUCAAAGAUCUUCUUCGACGACUGGAAUCUCGCAUCAAGAACGAUCCUAAAUCUUUGGAACGAUUCCCUGUUACUGCGUAUGCUGCUCUCAGCCGUGCUUUGACAGCUAUCGAAAUCCUGAGAGAGGAUUUGGUCUCGGAGGCGCUUCCCCUGUUCAUGAGUAGCUUCGAGGCAGACCAUGCGUCAGGGGCAUCGCAGCAGGAAAUCUUCCGGCUCAAUAGAGCUUUCAUGAGAUACCAGAUUAUGUGCAACCUAUUCUGCACGCCCUAUGACGUGGGCAGUCGCUUUAUUGACGAAUAUAUAACACGAUACUUCUUCCACCCUUUCUCGCCCUGGGUCAACGAGCAGAUUCUCUGUGUGUACAGGUAUCUCGAACGCAAGGUUGCUGAGGCCUACGAUGAUGUUGCCGCUCACGAUGUGGACUGGGGCAAAGUGCCCGUCGAGUGGGGCUAUGACGCCAACGUCUGCCCUAUGAUACAAUGGAAUCUAGGUCGCGGUCUGCCCGUUCUGCUUUCAAUCAUCCGUGCCACAAAUUUCGAAGAAAGACGCCAGCUCUUACCUAUGCAUCCUCCACGCGCUUACAACAUGUCCAAUUUGCCUUUUCAGACGCUAGUUCAUAUGCUACCAGAGAACAGUCUCAUAAAAGCCCUUAAUCCCAACUUUUCGCAGCGCAUAUUAGACGAGUGCACAGAAGCGAACUUUCAACGGCUGUGCCAGCCUUUAGAUGGCGUGCAGGACGAUAUCUCGUCAACACCCUACUUACUGUGGCGAGCCGUUCACAGUAAAGAGAGUGUGUCCUGGGUAGCAGUCGAUUGGGAACUUCACAAGAAUCAUUGGGACUGCGCCUGCUUUGUUUGGGAUCUCGAGAAGCCACAGAGAUCCGCUGUCGUCCAGGAACGAUCGAAUGAACUCUCCGAUAUCGAGCCCUUCUUCCCUCGUCUUCAAUCGUCUUGGGAACACGACGAUAAGCUACGCUCGGAGAAGGAAAGGUGGCACAUUUCUCUAGCCGGUGGGCAAGGAUACUGGUCAUCUAUAACUAAGGACUUCAACGGAAUCACAGGAUUGCGCAAAGAUCAACAGGACAGCUUGCUGAAGAGGUUCAAAGAUUGGAAGGAGAAAGGCAUUGGCCACACAUGGCAUCACGGAUAA